AUGGUCAACAACACCGAAGACGCCAUGCAGGCCCCGUCCUCGCCGAAUCGCGAUCUCAGCAAAAAGCGCAAACACGAAGACGAUGAUAUCUCCAGUCAAAGCGGUAUGGACCAAAAGCCAGCGCUGCCUCGCCAGCCCGAAUUACCAGAGUUCAAUCUGACAAGACGAUCCAGUCAAGAUUUGGGAAUGCCCAAGAACGGCGGCUCGGUAGAUGAGCGCACUGGCUCCGAUGGCUGGCAGAUGGUAGAGAGCCGCCCACGCAAGAAAAAGAAGAUCCCGAAGCACGAUUCUAGAAACUACCCCUCCAUUGAAUUCUCCAGCGAAUGCCGAUUGCAAACACAGAUCAAGAUUAGCGACCUCCAGCAAUUAGUCCUAUAUAUUUUGGCAGAUGGCACUUCCCCCCAAUUCGUAGCAGUGCGCCAUCGACCAGAGAUUCGGAAGGUUGUGGUGCUCAUGGUUCCAGGUCUUGAGAUGUCCAUGUUCCGUGCGGGGGCUGACAAGACCGACUCGAAGAGCGAGGAAUCCAAUGGGGGCAUCAGUGAACGAGGUCAAAAAAAGCAGGAUUCGAGAGAUCGGUACCAGGACAGAAAUUACAGAGGCCCGGAUGACUAUUAUCCCAAUCGACUGAAGGCUGAGAAGCUUCCUGAGUCGCUGCAAGCUUUUGCGGAGAUGUUCGAGCACAUCUGGCCAGUUAGGACACCAGGUGACGACAAGUUCGGCAAGAUGCAUUCCCCAUUUCAUGCCAUGCUCACAGCCCCUAUGGCAAAAAGCAAUGAAGAGAAGAAACAUUCAAAACAUAGGAGUAAGGGUGCCACUCCAGCCCAAGAACCCCCCGGAUGGAAGAACACUCGCGUCCCAGUGACAACAUUCAUACACUCUGCAGAAGAACUGCUCGAAAACGAAUACCCUCUCCACCCAGCAUCGUACAAAGAGGAAAUAGAAAAAGUCAAUCUCGCGAAGUACCGACAGACCAACGGGACUUCGACAGAUGAUGGAUGGGUUGAUACGCUGGUUGCAAACUCCGAGGAUGGAACUCUUCCCGAGCAUGAGAUUGAAUCUGGCGCUAUCACAGCUGGCCGCGAGAUUCUCGCAAUGGACUGCGAAAUGUGUGUGACUGGUAGGAAAGAAGGAGCACGAGACGAGCUAUCCCUCACACGGAUUAGUAUUGUGGGUUGGGACGGCUCAAUAGUUCUUGACGAACUUGUCAAGCCAGGAAAACCUAUCAUUGACUACGUUACUCAGUUCUCCGGUAUCACAGAAAAAAUGAUUGCUCCAGUCACUACAACAUUGGCCGACAUUCAAAAAAAGCUUGUCGAGAUUCUGCACCCCCGAACAAUUCUCGUUGGACACUCUCUCAACUCCGAUCUGAACGCUCUCCAACUCACACACCCCUUCAUCAUCGAUACCGCAAUCAUAUACCCCCAUCCAAGAGGUCCGCCUCUCAAAUCUUCUCUCAAGUGGUUGGCACAAAAGUAUCUAAGCCGAGAAAUUCAGAAAGGUCACGGGACCACCGGCCCAGCUGCUGGCCACAAUUCCAUUGAAGAUGCAAGAACCUGUCUCGAUCUACUCAAGCAAAAAUGCGAGAAAGGAAAGGAAUGGGGCACAAGUGAUGCGCAAGGAGAGAACAUUUUCAAACGAGUAGCUAGGACUGGCGUCAAAUACAAGAACCAGGGCGGCUCAGCGAUUCCGAGUCCUCUGAAUGGAAAGACUAGUGCAGCUAUCGACUGGGGCGAGCCAAGAAAGGGACCUGGAGCUGCCUCAAAUUUCCCGAUAGGAUGUAAGAGCGACGAAGAAGUCAUGGAUGGUGUUAUUCGUGCUGUUAAAGGUGAUCACGAUGGCAAAGAGAUUCUAGGUGGCGGGGUUGACUUUGUCUGGGCUAGGUUCAGAGAACUUGAAGCUCUUAAAGGCUGGUGGAACAAUAAUAAAACCCUGAACGCAGAGGCUGCUGCAGCGAUUGACGCGGAAGCUGCUGCGGCCAAGAGAAAGACCACGGAACCAGAUUCAGGCCUCAACUUCACUUCCAAGGUAGGUGAGGGUAUCAGUGUCGAGGCGGUCCCAGCAGCUGCCCCUCGAACUCCUGCUCUGCUGCCUCCAAUCGUUUCAGAAGCUCCGAAAUCCCUCGAUGCUGCUACAGCAGACCUCACACGCCGAAUCGCAAAGAUCUACGAGGCACUCCCACCCUGUACGGCUUUCGUCAUCUACAGCGGCUCGGGAGACCCGCGAGAAAUGAGCAGACUACAGGCCAUGCAAACUCAGUUUAAAAAGGAGUACAAGUUCAAGAAGUGGGACGAGCUUUCUGUCAAGUGGACCGAUACAGAGGAGCAGGCUUUGAAGCGAGCCUUCAAAGUUGCAAGGAGCGGCGUGGGCUUCAUUGGAGUGAAGUGA